CAUCAGAGGAGGAGAAACAAAAAAUUUGAGAACAAGGUCUUUUGAAGGAACCAUGAACGUCAUUAAUUUACGAUUUUGCCACUCUCCCCAACUCCUCCAUUCACCAAAUCUCCUCUUCGUUGUUCCUUCUUCACAAACUCCAAACUUCACUCUGAGAAACCCAACAACCCCAUUUGCUAUUUCCUUAAAAAAUCGAUUCUCUUCUCCAAUUCGUGCGUCCAUGGCCUCUUCAGCCUCCGUCACGGAGAACGAAACAAAGCCAUUUUCCGUUCUCUUCGUGUGCCUUGGCAACAUCUGCAGAAGCCCCGCUGCCGAAGGAGUCUUCACUGACUUAGUCAACAAAAAGAGCCUCAAUUCGAUUCUCAGAAUUGAUUCGGCUGGCACCAUCAAUUACCACGAGGGAAAUGAAGCGGACCCGAGAAUGAGGGCAGCCUCAAAGAAGCGUGGGAUUCAGAUAACUUCUAUUUCAAGGCCAAUCAAGCCCUCUGAUUUCACUGACUUUGACCUCAUUCUGGCUAUGGACAAGCAGAACAGAGAGGACAUACUGGUGGCCUUUAAUAGAUGGAAAGGAAAACAUUCCUUACCGGAUGAUGCAUAUAAAAAGGUAAAGUUGAUGUGCUCAUAUUGUAAGAAGCAUGAUGAAAGUGAAGUCCCGGAUCCCUAUUAUGGUGGAGCGCAAGGGUUUGAGAAGGUGUUAGAUUUGCUAGAAGAUGCUUGCGGAUCAUUACUGGAAACCAUUUUGGCAGAAAAUAAACAUUUACAAGAAUCCUGAGACAUGUACAGAGGAUUCAAUCCUGUGGUGAAAUUAUAGAUUCAUUGAUUAUUGUAAAAACAGAUGUGAUAAUGUCUUCUUGUUUCAGUGGUUCAUUAUCCUAAAUGCAAAACGAUUUGUGUAUUGUGGAAACUUCUUGCCAUAGUCAUAAAAAUUUGAGUGCAAGUUUGAUUC